GCUUCAUUUGUGAAAAUGGCUGCUCUGCGUUUGGUCUGCCUUUUUGUGGUCUUGGUCAUAGGACUUGUCCACUCCCUGGACAUUCCAAAGAUCAAAGAUGUGCCUCUUUUGGUCAAGACUCUGAAGAAUUUGAACCGUGGUCCACCACACCAGGUGAUGACCAAGCGUGCCAAUGUCCAGGAGAAAUGGAUCACCCAGAAACUGGAUAACUUUGACGCGAGCAACACGCAAACCUAUAAGAUGCGUUAUUUGCUCAACGAUGAGUUUCAAACUGAGGGAAGUCCCAUUUUCAUUUACCUGGGAGGCGAAUGGGAGAUUGAGGACAGCAUGGUAAGCGCUGGUCACUGGUAUGAUAUGGCCCAGGAACACAAGGGUGUUCUCGUCUACACUGAACAUCGUUACUAUGGUCAAAGUAUACCAACAUCAACCAUGUCAACCGAUGAUCUCAAGUACUUGGAUGUUAAGCAGGCCUUGGCCGAUGUGGCCGUUUUCAUUGAGACCUUCAAGGCGGAGAACCCCCAGCUGGCAAACUCCAAGGUGAUUCUGGCUGGCGGUUCCUACUCGGCCACCAUGGUGGUUUGGUUCAAGCGUCUGUAUCCCGAUUUGAUUGUCGGUGGCUGGGCCUCCAGUGCUCCCCUUUUGGCCAAGGUUGACUUCACCGAAUACAAGGAGGUGGUGGGCCAGGCCUUCCUUCAGUUGGGCGGCCAGAAGUGCUACGAUAGGAUUGAGAACGGCAUUGCCGAGCUGGAAUCCAUGUUCGCCAACAAACGCGGAGCUGAAGCUAGAGCCAUGCUGCGCCUGUGCAACAGCUUCGAUGAUCAGAACGACCUGGACUUGUGGACCCUGUUCUCAAGUAUCUCGAAUAUUUUCGCCGGAGUCGCUCAAUACCAAGGCACCGGCGACAUUGAGUACUACUGUGACUACCUUCUGAGCUUCAAUGAUGAUGCCACGGCCAUAGCAAACUUUGUGUACUGGGCCUGGGGAAUGGGCAACUGCAUCGAUGCCAGGUACGAAGGCAGUGUUGAGUACUAUCUCUGGGGAGUGGACCACUUUGACGCCAGUCGUCCUUGGUACUAUCAGACUUGCAAUGAGUAUGGCUGGUACCAGAGCUCUGGCUCCAGGAAUCAACCUUUUGGCACCAAGUUCCCUGCCACCCUUUACAUCAAUCUCUGCGGUGAUGUCUUCAGUUCGCAAUACGGAAAUGAACAGAUCAACAACAAUGCAGCCAAUACCAACGAAUACUUCGGCGGCAUGGAGCCCGGCGUGGAUAAUAUCUACAUGACCCACGGCGCCCUGGAUCCCUGGAACCCGAUGGGUCAUGGAGUGGAGCAGGGAGCCACGCUCAUCGCCAACGCAUCGCAUUGCGCCGACUUCGGAUCGAUCAAGUCCACAGAUUCCGCCGAAAUGCGGGCCUCUAAGGAGAAACUUGCUGAAUUGGUUCGACAGUGGUUGGCCUAGAUUUGUUGGCCACUAUUUGAUAUUUAUUACAAGUAUUAAAAAAUCCUUAAGAGUUUUGUUUUGAUUUUCUAAACAUAA